AUGCCAUUUAAUCCUGAUCAAAACAAAGCAGCAUUGCCAAUUCAAUCAUGCCUAUCAUCAUCAACAUCACUAGUAUCUCGCAAGAGAAAAAGAAGCCAUAAAACUGUGCAAUUUGAUAUCGAACACAUUGUUAUUAUCGAAACCUAUUCACCAUCAGAUUAUGACCGUGGCUAUUCUACUUUUCCUUCGUCAGCAAGCAUUCAAUACAAACUCAAUCCUGCCUUGAACAUUAUACCCACAACAGCAAAACCCACAUUAUCAUUGGAGAUACCUUCUUCGCCUUGUGAUUCUGAAGCAAGUAGCCCAGAUAUCGAGACACCCACCACAGAUUGCCUCAAGAAGAAAAAACCCAAAUUGACUGUAAAUACAACAAUGUGUGCUGAUGGUCCAUUAUUCUUUACAAAACUGUCCACAAACCAUGUCAAAUACGGCAGCCUACAAGACGACGAUUGCUCCAAUGAUUACCUUGUCCCAAUGACAGCAUCAACACCAUCAACAGCAUUUUUUUCGUACUAG